AUGAACGACAUUCGGAUCUUCAACACCCGAACCGCCACCAUCCUCGUCGUCUUUGAAUAUGAGACUGUUUACACGUUUUGCCGUAGUCGCGUUCCUGACGAUGUCCCGACUGAGGUUCGCCAACACAACGCGGAGGCCUGGCUGGUGGGCACGCCAAUGCCCAGAAAUGAACAACCCUGGGGGCCGAGACCGCAUGCCUAUCGCGACUGGGAGAAUCUGUUUGAAACCGAGUGCGCAAGCCUAGCCGAUUUGCGAGGCGACGCCUAUAACCCAGCUCUGCGACGGCAACGCCCGGCUUUGUGGAUGUACGUUGGCGCCCCCAACUUCGACUACGGAGACGAGGAUGCCGAACCGGGUUCAUCGCGCAUUGUCACUGACCGAGGAAGACGCAUGAUUGGCGUCGCCGCCCAUUCGAAUGAAGAGGGUGCUCCUUUUGUACGUGCUAGCGAACACCAGGAGGUCUAUGCAAUCCACAUAAUCCAAAUCAUCGUGCCACAUCCCCCCACUGUAAUCGACGCUGCGUAG